AUGUACCAGAGGCCACGUGUUUCAGUUCACCAGGAGAAGCAAUGCCUACUCGAAGUCCUAAUUAAGCUAUACAUAAGUAUUGGUGUUGGUUUUAUUAGUUUGUACAGCCCAUUCGAGAUUGGUGUCUGGAAAUCUUGGCAAAAAGAUGGACUUGAUAUAAAAGAUAUUGUAUGGCCUGGAAAUUCUCAUACACCCCCUCAUGGUGUUCCUGAAAAAUUUUAUCUCAGAAUUACAUUUCUUGAAGAAUCACCAUACAUUAACUUGGCACCACCUGAUCCAAUUAGCGGUAAAUGUUUAAUGGAUCGUGGAGUUUAUUGUCGUGUAGCAAAAAAAUCUGAUAUCAAAGAGUAA